UGUGCAACGACGUUUCAUCCACGUCCGCCAUUUUAAGUAGGUUACAGGUUCUGAUAGGUAUAAAAGAUCUGGUCAUCAAAGGGGAUUCAAAGCGAUAGAUAGUUUGGAUUCAAGUAAGAGGAUAUUCUUACUUACAGCUCUCGGCUGCAGACCCAUACUGAGAGUGAUUUCCUGAAGAGCAGGCACCAUGGGGGCCUUUCAGAGUUUGUUCAAAAACCUUUUUGGGAAGAAAGAAAUGAGAAUAUUAAUGGUGGGUCUUGAUGCUGCUGGAAAAACCACAAUUCUGUAUAAGCUCAAACUAGGUGAAAUUGUCACGACCAUCCCAACAAUAGGUUUUAAUGUAGAAACUGUAGAAUACAAAAAUAUAAGUUUUACGGUAUGGGAUGUUGGUGGACAGGAUAAGAUUCGACCACUGUGGCGUCAUUAUUUCCAGAACACACAAGGUCUUAUAUUUGUGGUAGACAGCAAUGACAGAGAGAGAAUACAGGAAGCAAGAGAGGAGUUAAUGCGAAUGCUUGCUGAGGACGAACUCAGGGAGGCAGUGUUACUGGUCUUCGCUAACAAACAGGAUCUACCCAAUGCUAUGAAUGCAGCGGAGAUAACAGAUAAACUAGGGCUGCAUACACUACGUAACAGACAGUGGUACAUUCAGGCGACUUGUGCUACCAGCGGCGACGGACUCUAUGAGGGCUUAGAUUGGCUAUCAAACACACUGAAGAACGCAAAAUGAACACAGACUGGGCAACAUAGGAGAAAUUAACACAUAGCUUUGUGGGGGGUUUCAUUCUUUUCAGGGAGCAAAGAUUUGGGGUCCAGUCGAAUGGGCUCCUCCAGGUACUGUUCAUUCUGCAAUGAGCUGACCGUUAAAAAAAAAAAAACUUGAUAAUAGCAAAUUUUGUAUGUAUGUCUGUCUAAAUCUUAAAUAAUAGAGGAAGAACCAGUUUUGUGACUGUUUAUUAUUUGAUAUGUCCUGAAUAUUCCUUUGUUCUAUAUACCACAUGUUUUUGUGGGCCAUGGUUAUCUUUGUAAUUUUAUUGUCAUGGUUUUUCCGCUUGUCAACUGUCGGCCGGCUGCAUAUAAUUUAUACAUGUUAACAUAUGUGGGCAAGAGAGUGCCUUUAGCACACGGCACAACUUCAACAGUUAUGGCUAGUUUAUUGUGUGUAUUAUUGAGCAAUUUCUGAACGAAUGACCAUUGAAACUUGUACAAAUAAACUCACCUUACCAUCCAGUGUGCAUGUGUUGGCUUGUCACAGACUUUCCAAAUCCUCUCUGUGAAUAGUGGUGUAGCAUUGAACACACGACUCACUUUCGAAUGUAGCACGAUUUAGGCUUCCCUUAUUAGGACCUAACCGGUAUUCCUUGUUCUCGUUGACUGACGCUUUUGUUAUUAAAUGGCAUUACAGUGAUUCUCAUGAAGUACCAUUAAUUAAUGCUAUUAACUUCACCCAUGUUAGAAUUUAGUUGCACAGGUGUUUUCGAGUGGUGUGUUGGAUCCUUCAGUGUCCAGGAGAAGUGAAGUGAACUACGGCUGAAAUGAGCGGCAUAUAAUCACGCCACAGUAUUCACGUUCAAUUUUGAUGGUGUCAUUGUUUAACCUUGUGAAUAAAUCGAUGCACGCUUGCAGGAUUCUCCUUUGGGGCAAGGGUGAGUGGGGUGUUAGUACAUUGACCUGUACUAUCAACAACGCAAACUCUCUCAUUUCUGUUGAACGCCUUGACAGCUUUUUAACUUUGCACAGUGGACAUUCUUUCACACAUGUCCCCCAGCUUCACAAAAAAUUAAUAUAUGCUACCUGUAGAACUUUCAUUAUAUGCACCAUCGUCUAGCAAUUCGUGAUGCCUGUUGCGACGAUGUAAUACUGACUGUUCAAGACAAACGCCGUCUGAAGACAAAUCUAAAAUCAGUGACCAGUAUCACUGUUCAGUAGCUUGGGGCGGUUUUGAUAGGUUCCGCUGGUUACCUGGAGGAGUAAGGAUGACUUCAAGAGUAGCAGUGUCGGACGAAAAAUUCGUUAUCAGCAUAUAUGUUCUUGCUGAAAUGACUUUCAAAAGAAAAUUACAAUUUGUUUCUGUUUUGUCGCCUAGAUACUAGGCUCUAAUGACUGGUAUGGCAAUCAAGACAAUUGAUCGUUCAGACUCCCCCCCCCCCCCCAAAUCCCCACCUUUCAGCGUGUUUGGUUAAAUUCACUUGUGUAGUUUUUCUUGUCUAAAUCAUUCCGGAGUGACAGUUGAAUCUGUACUCUCAACCUACUUGUUGCAUGUAAAACGCAUGCAAGGGCGGAAUGACCAACGCCCAAUAUUGUAUGAUAAAUACGAACAAGUAUAGCUGCACUGCAAUGGUUAGUGUUUCUAUAGCAGACCGAGGAGUUACGGACUGUAAAGGCCACGGUUAGUGGCUUUUUAGUAGAAUGACCUGUAAGUUAUUGCAUAGCACAUUAAAGUAAAUUGUUACCAUUGUGAAUAUAUUUUCAUUUUGACACCGUUUCGUCUGUACAAAGUGCAAAGAAAAUAGGGGUGGUAAAGUAGAUAAUUGUAUGUACAUCUAUUCCCAAAAGUAAUGACAUUUAUACGAUAAGAACUGGCUAAUAUUAAUAAAGUACUCCAGUGUAUACUGAACGA